CAUCCGCUGCUUCAUCCAGUCGUCUGCUGGAGGAAGGGCCGUGGCACCCGAUUUCGUAUCGUCGGUUGUUAAGUCAAGGGAAAUGCUGCGGACUUCGGCAGCCCUGAGGGUGGCUUUGCCCAAACUGGCACCCAAGAAUGUGUCGAAGAAGGGAUCCCAUCGCCAUUUCACCGUCGUGUCGGCCCCAGCUGUCAGGAAAGUAAGGGGAGGAAGAUUUUUGGAAUCCCAUGUAGCUUGCACACCAAAGCCAACUGCCAUUGUGAGCCCUUUGGUACGCAAUUAUGCCUCAGGUGAUUACCCAGAUCAUGUCAAGGUCAAGUUACCUGCCUUGUCACCAACCAUGGAAAUGGGAACACUUGUGUCAUGGGAAAAGAAAGAAGGUGAUGUUUUGAAUGAGGGUGACCUUUUGGCUGAAAUUGAAACUGACAAGGCUACCAUGGGUAUGGAAACACCAGAGGAAGGAUAUCUCGCUAAAAUCUUGAUUUCUGCAGGUACCAAAGACAUCCCCCUAGGAAAGCUGAUGUGCAUCAUUGUGAGUGAUGAGAAAGAUGUUGCAGCCUUCAAAGAUUACCAACCAACAGAGGAGGCAGCUGCUCCUUCUGCACCAUCUCCAGCAGCAGCUGCUCCACCACCACCACCACCUCCUCCCCCACCAGCUGCUCCCACACCUGUCGCAGCACCACCUCCUCCUCCCCCAGUAGCAGCCCCAGCACCAGCUGCAGCACCUGGUGGAUUUGUCUUUGCAUCACCCUAUGCAAAGAAGUUAGCCAGCGAGCAGAAUGUGGACCUGGCAGCCAUAGCUCAAGCCUCUGGUAUUGGUCACAGUGCUACUGAUUGGCUACGGGGCUCUGAUGUUGAAAAGUUUGCAGCUCAGGUUGCUGCUGCACCACAGGUUGCUGCUGCUCCUACGCCUGCCCCUGUACCUGGUGCCACAUACACAGAUAUCCCAAUAUCCAACAUCCGUAAUGUUAUUGCCAAACGACUCUGCCAGUCAAAACAGACAAUUCCUCAUUACUACCUAAGUAUAGACGUAUGUAUGGAUGAAGUAGCCCAGUUAAGGCAGGAAUUCAAUAAACUCUUAGAAAAGGAAGGUGUCAAAAUAUCCUUCAACGAUUUUAUAAUCAAAGCUUCUGCGUUAGCAUGCAAGAAAGUUCCUGAGGCAAAUUCCUCUUGGCUCGACACCGUCAUUAGGAGCUAUAAUAAUGUUGACGUCAGUGUUGCUGUCAGCACUGAUAGAGGUCUUAUCACCCCAAUUGUAUUUAAAGCUGAACAGAAAGGCUUGGCAACCAUUGCAACUGAUGUAAAGGCCUUAGCAGCAAAAGCAAGAGAAGGAAAGCUUCAGCCACAUGAAUUCCAGGGUGGCACAUUCUCUGUUUCCAACUUGGGUAUGUUUGGUGUGAAGAACUUCAGCGCAAUAAUCAAUCCUCCACAGUCUUGUAUUCUUGCUGUAGGUGGAACUGAAAAACGACUCAUUGUUGAUGAAAAUGCAGAACAAGGUUUCCGAGCCGCUCAAGUGAUGUCCGUAACCUUAAGUUGUGAUCAUCGCACAGUGGAUGGUGCUGUUGGGGCACAGUGGUUAGCAGCAUUCAAGAAAUAUCUAGAAAAGCCUUCAACUAUGCUACUGUAAAUAAAACAUUGAAUUCCAAAAUAGAGUAGAAUUUAUUUCAUAAAUAUGCAGCAUCGGUUAUUGGACUUCUGGUGUAAAUAGAAUAGUUAUCUUCAACAAAUUUUUGUAUGUUCCGCCCGGUGAAGAUGUUGGCACUGAAGCCUUUCUAACUUGACAUUUUGUUGGGUCUAUUUUUUAUGCCUUUUUUUUUAACAAUGAAUAAACACCAGGACAGUGCAUUACAUUACAUAAUUUAUGAUCUAUACCUAUUAACCUUGUAAAUAUACCAUUUGAUCUCUGGGUUUAUAGCUGAUGUCAGAUAGAAAUUUCUACCUAACUUUAGUGGAAGGCCAAAUAAAUUGUUUUAAAGAUUUAAAGUUUUUAAGAACAGACAACACAAAAGUAGAAAUGAAAUAAACUAAAUGUAUAUUUUUGUUUCUGUAGUACAGUUUAGACAUGUUAUCAGUGUUGCCAGUCAUUUUGUAGGUAAAAAAUCACUCUUUGUUAUAUCAUGUAAAUAGCUCCCAACUCAUACAUAGGCUGUAUAUGGUAACAUUAGCUUGGUGCCGGUACACUAUCGACAGUGAAAUCAUAGAAUAUUUAUUUCAGUUGCUAAUGUUACCAGAUACAGUUUUGAGAUUACUAAGUCCCUUACAAAUUGACUUGCAAUUCAUGAAAAUUGUUUGUCGUUCAGCGCUCAUGUUCAAUGUCGUAUGCAUAUUUGGGGGUCAAGAAUAUCAAGUUUGUGUUAUUCUGUUGGUUGAGAAUGUAGAACAUAGGCGAUGACAUUCUGGAAAUUCUAUCAUAACAUUUUUUAUAGCCCCAAAUUUUUUAUCUUUUACCAUGAGUUCAGUUAUCAGUUUUCUAUUUCUAACAUUCUAUUUGGUUCAGGAGAUAAUAGAGUAUGAUUAGGUACAGAAAUCCAUUGACAUUAACUAAUUGGCAUUUAGGGGCCCUUUUGUUUCUUGGUACAGUAUAUUACAGUAUCCAGUUGAUCAUUGCAAAGGUCAUGUGGACUUGACGUGUACUUGAUAUAGUGAUCAAGCAGAAACAGAGUAUAAGUCAUUACUUCUAUGUAUUAGCUGUCAGUGGUGUCAACAAGUUUUAUUUAUUUCUUUUAAAACACUUUUGAUGUCUCCUGAAGUGAAACUCAGUUGUUGUGUAACAUACUGGUAAAAUAAAAAGUCGAGCACAUCUCUUGA